AUGUGGUUUGGUAAGAAGAAUGGCCCUCUCCCCACAGCCUCUGAUCUGGAGGACUCAUUAAACAGAGAACAUCCUGGUCAUCUCUACUGCCGACACAAGAGACACCGACACAAGAGACACCGACACAAGAGACACCGACACAAGACACACCAACUGAAGAGACACCAACACAAGAGACACCGACACAAGAGACACCGACACAAGAGACACCAACACAAGAGACACCGACACAAGAGACACCGACACAAGAGACACCGACUCAAGAGACACCAACACAAGAGACACCGACACAAGAGACACCGACACAAGAGACACCGACACAAGAGACACAGACACAAGAGACACCGACACAAGAGACACAAGAGGCACCGACACAAGAGACACCGACACAAGAGACACCGACACAAGAGACACCGACACAAGAGACACCGACACAAGAGACACAGACUGAAGAGACACCGACUGAAGAGACACCGACACAAGAGACACAGACACAAGAGACACCGACUGAAGAGACACCGACACAAGAGACACCGACACAAGAGACACCAACACAAGAGACACCGACACAAGAGACACCGACACAAGAGACACAGACACAAGAGACACCAACACAAGAGACACCGACACAAGAGACACCGACACAAGAGACACCAACACAAGAGACACCGACACAAGAGACACCGACACAAGAGACACCGACACAAGAGACACCAACACAAGAGACACCAACACAAGAGACACCGACACAAGAGACACCGACACAAGAGACACCAACACAAGAGACACCAACACAAGAGACAUUGA